GCACAAGCACAUAAAAAAAAACAUCGCGCGGGUCUCUGAUGUUGCUUGAACAGAGAUGUCCACGGCCUCCGAUACAGAAACCAUCAACUCGAACGAUCCCAGCUCAUUAGCUACGGAUUUCCCCGACACCCAAAUUCCCGCCAAUUCCUUGGACCUAGACAUCGUCGCCAAGGAGUCCGACGCCGGUCAGGACCUCUUUUGCUGGCACGAGCAUGUGUACCGGAAGCUAAACACGCGACCUACCCCACACUACAUCGAGAACAUCCUAGGCAUCGGCGAUCCUGAAGCUAGUGACAAUAUGACUGUUAGUGAGUUCACAGAAGGCCAGAUCAAAGUGGACAUCAAUGAGCCACUCAACUUGUCCACCAAAUGCAACAACAGAUUACGGACGAAAGCUCUCGACAAAGAAUCGACAAGGAAGAGGAAGAGGCCAAGGGUGGAAUCGAUAGAUCAGAAAGCGUCGCCGUCUCCGCCGAAUGUCCAGUCGUCGGAGCCGCUAUCUGACGAUGCUGAAAAGUCCAAGAAGAAGAAGGCACGCACCACCUUCACUGGACGGCAGAUCUUCGAGCUAGAGAAGCAGUUCGAGCUGAAGAAGUACCUCAGCAGCAGCGAGAGGUCCGAGAUGGCUAAGCUUCUCAAUGUCACCGAAACACAGGUGAAGAUUUGGUUCCAAAAUCGGCGGACCAAGUGGAAGAAGAUCGACAACAUAACGAACGCGGAGGCGGCGGAGCACAAGAACCACUCGGGCAAGGACAAGGGCUCCUCCGACGAGAUGAAGACGAAGGGUUUCCCCAAGCAGAUGAACCAGAGCUCCAACUCGAGCAUGGAGAGCGAUUCCAAAUGCUCGACGGACACGCCGAUACCGGCGAAACCAUUCAAGGUCGUCGAGCAAACGCAGCAGCCGCAACCGUCACCGUCGUCACCCGACGAUCAGGCCCACUUCCAGAAGCAGCUGGAAGCGACGAGCGAUGUCCUCCUGAAUUUAACCUUCAACGUGAAAGACACAUCUUAAUUGAGAUGCGCGGAGUCUCUGCGAGAACACGAGGAAAUCUUAGUAAAACCUCGAGAAAAUUGAAUCCGCCUCCAACCACCCACAGUACCACCCACGUCAACACCCGUUACACAACCCAAACCAAAAAAAAAGAUAAAAUUUACAAAAAAAA